AUGAACGUAAUAAGAACCGAAACGAUUUUAAAACCACCGAAUAAACGAAAUACAGCCCGACCACGGGAAGAAUUCAAUUUGCCAUUAAUGAAACGUCACUUGGAAUUUGAUAUGGGGAAACAGCGAAGAACAAAUUGGAAAUCAGCAAACUCGAGUUCCUCGAAAAGCCCAAAAUAUCGAAGUACAAGACGUAAUCAGGCCAUUCCGAUAUCAUCGUCUUUCUUAACCAGUACUUCGCGCAAUUACGUUUCUAAAUCUGGGACAAGAACCACUACGGGUGGUGGUUCGAGCUUGCUUGAAUCUGUUGCUAGUGGCACCGUUCUCGCGAUAACGACCGGUCGAGGUGAUGCGAGAUCCGAAGUGGGGAUAGCCGCGCUGAACAUCCAAUGUCCGCACAUUAUUCUUUGUCAAAUCAGCGAUUCUCAAACCUAUAUUAACACUUUGAGCAAAUUAUAUUUAUUUGACCCGAUAGAAGUUCUAAUGCCAGACACAAUGUGUGAACGUAUUACAGGUAGAAAUGUCCUUCAUCGUUCGAUAAUAGACAAGUUCCCUGAAGUAGAAGUCACAGCAAUAUCUCGCGUACACUUCAACGAUACAAUAGGAUUGGAGCGAAUAAAAUCUCUUUGCAACCCUGAAUACUCUUCGGUGGAAUUAUUUGUUAAACAAAAAUAUUAUGCAUUAGCUGCAGUUGCAGCGCUAUUGAAAUACAUUGAGUACGCUCAACGCAUUGUUUACACUCCAAAAUCAAUGAAAAUCGAAUUUCAAGGAUCCCCGAAUGCUACCAUGAUAGAUUUGGAAAGCGCACGGAGCUUGGAAUUAGUUCAGUCGCAAUGUGGUCAACGAAAUAUCAGUUUAUUGUGUAGCUUGGACCGAUGUUCGACGCCUAUGGGUAGAAAACUUUUACGUGCAAAUAUACUUCAACCUCCUUGUGAAGAACGCACAAUUUUUGAGCGCCAAGCUGCUGUUGCCGAACUUGUAUCCAACCAUUCGCUACGUGCACUUAUUCAGCCUAUAGUACGCCGACUUUAUGGUGCUGAUAGACUUUUAAUUUUAUCGACAACGCCUAUUUUACAUGAAAACAACGUCCAAAACGCAGAACAGAAUUUAAAUUAUGUUUUAUUAUUGAAAAAUUUAUUAGAUGUUGUUCCCGAACUUGAAAAGAUAUUACUAACGGGUGAAAGCCAACUUUUCUGUAGCAUGCGAAAGAAACUGGAAAGUGACGAAUUUAGACUAAUGCGAGAAAGGAUUCUCGAAACAAUACAUCCAGAUGCAAAAUUCGUAACAGGAUAUUCAUCUUCAAAUAUGCAACGUUGCUUCGCUAUCAAAGCAGGAAUUAAUGAUCUAUUAGAUAUUGCCCGACAAACCUAUUGCGAGUUAAUCGACGACAUGAAAACUAUGGUGGAAAACUUGGCAUCUAAAUAUAAAUUAACUUUGUCUUUGAGCUGCAACGCUUCUCUGGGCUAUCAUAUUCAAGCAAUAUUACCUCGAAAUUCAAACACUAAUAUCUUUGAUCCACCAUCUGAGUUCAUAGAGGUACGAAGGAAUAAACGAAUGUAUACUAUGACUACCAAUGCAAUCGCAAUAUUGAGUCAACAGUGUAAAAUUGCGUGCGAAGAAUUACAUCUAAUGAGCAACGUACUUCUCUGUGACUUGUUGCAACGUAUCCGAGAAUAUAUUGGCUGUUUAUUUCAAUUAAGUACGGAUAUUGCAGAAUUGGAUCUGAUAAUAUCUCUUGCUCAAAUCAGUUCUCUUCAAACAUAUGUGAGACCAUCGUUCGGAACGAAACUAGAAUUAUGUGAUUCGAGACAUCCAAUAAUGGAUGUUCUUGGCCUCGAUGGCCCUGUACCUAAUAACAUUAAUGCAUCGAUACCUCAGAAUUUAUGUGUAAUCUCAGGACCUAAUAUGAGCGGCAAAUCAACAUAUCUUAAACAAAUUGUUUUAUUACAUAUAAUGGCACAACUCGGCUGUUUCGUACCGGCUAAAAAAGCAAUGUUUCGUAUAGCAGAUCUCAUAUUCUGUAAAAUAGCCGUUCGCGAUGAUAUCGAAUGCAAUGCGUCCACAUUCGCCCUUGAAAUGAAAGAAGCACAAUAUAUUUUAAGAUCUGUCACACCAACUUCGUUGAUCGUUUUAGACGAAUUAUGCAAGGGUACUGCUAUCGAAGAAGGUGCUUCAAUUGCAUGGGCUAUAUGUGAAAAACUUCUAAAUACAACUGCUUUUAUUUUUGCUGCCACUCAUUAUUCUUAUCUGACAAAACUAGCAGAUUUGUACCACAAUGUGACAAAUCAAUAUUUCGAAACGAUAAACAAUCGAGAAUUAGAAAUCAAUAAUUGCCAUGACAGAUUAACCUAUACUCAUCGAUUAAAAUAUGGUGUGGCACCUACUGAUGACUAUGGUAUUGUUUUAGCUGAAUUAUCCGGCUUACCAAUAUCAGUUAUAGAGAAAGCACGAAAAUAUGCUUCUGCGCGAAUGAUUGUUGAUCAAAUUACAACGAGGUCGAAUAAAUGGGAAAAAUCAUGUUAUACCAUACUAAUUAGCUUGCACGAGCUUUUAGAAGCUGAUAAAAUUCGUAAAGAACAAGUAAUUUCGCUUGCUCAGUGCUUCUUAAAACUUUGGAAACAAAAAAAUUGCAAAAAGGAUGUACAAGUAGUAGAAAAAAUAACAGAUGGAAAUAAAAUUAACGCACAAGAAAACAAUGAACAUAUAGUACAUAUAUCCGGUAUAACCACGUGUUCUACACCUAUCGAUAAAACGAAACAACAUACGUAUGAAACUGCAAUUUGUACAAAUAUUGAAUCUGUAGAGAUUUCUACGGACUCAACAAAACAUAACGAAGUUUACACAUCGCAUAGCUAUUCGUUUAAUUCAAUCGAUCAUUUAUCUUUUUCCUCAAUAACAACUAACAAUAUUUCUGAAAAACAUUUGUCAACGCCUGAUAAUUUAAAAUGUCGGUUCGAUAAAGAACUAGAUGAACCUUCUAAUUGUACGUGUUCUACUAUCGAUAGAAUUAUUCCUCCUUCAUCGCUUAAUGUAUCUCGCGAAAUAUCAUCGAUGGAAAUGUCGACAUCAAAGAUGGAGAAACCAACGUUGAAACUGUACGAGUAUUGUCUCUCAGAUGAUGAUUUCGAACUAUCCGAUAUUUCUCAUAACUCAACUUUUACACAUUAA